AUGUCAAAUAUAGCUAAGACAUUUGAUAUCCCUUUGCUGCCAAUAAACCAUAGUCAUAAUGGGGUAUAAGAGCCCUAAUCUACUUCAAAUACAUUCAACUAAAGUUAAAAGCUCAAUGAAUUAAAGUAAACAUCAACUAUUAAGAGUCAAGAGCAAGUUAAUAAAAUGAUUGAAGAUCUAUAUUGUAAGGUAGAUUUUGAUAAAAUACCUGGAGAUUUUGUUCUUGCAGAAGAUCACAGAAAGGCAACCAGAGUAGGGCCUGAGUUAAAUGAACAAGAAAAAAGAACUCUCAGCUUAGGUGAUGACUGCAACAAGUGCGAUUGUUGUGGGAGAAACGUAGAAAGAAAACCUUUAGAUUUAAAUUGUAAAAUUACAGAUUUAAGCUUUUUAGGUUCUGGAUUUCCUAUGUUUUUUUAGUUCGUGAAGCUGAUUAUACUUUAUCUUGUGAUUAUUCUUUUGUUGAGCGGGUUAUAUAAUAUAUUUUAGAAUGAAAAAGGUUCAGAGUGUUAGCCUAUUAAUACUAAGCUAACCUGUUAUAAGAAUUGGGUGAAUGUUUAUACUUUAGGAAAUAGGUCUAGCGAUGAGAGUAGCAUUUUUAUGUAGCAAUGGCUAAAUCUUUUGACUAUAUUUGCUUUAAUAGCUUAUACUUAAUACAUUAUUUACACAUAAAGACAGUUAGAUUAAAUAGCAGAUGAGGUUUGCAUUUCUCCUGGAGAUUAUACUGUUAUGAUUAGCAAUAUUCCUAUAGAAAUAUAGGUUCCAGGAUUCCCAAAUAUUGACUAUGAUGAUGAUUUGAAAGAAUUCCUUGAAAACCGUUGUCUUAUAGGAAUUCCUUUAAAAGUUGUUAGAGUUAAUAUGUGCUAUAAUUUGACUGAGCUUUAGAAGUUAAAAGAGAAAAAAGAAAAAGUGAUUUAGCAAAAAUAAAAGUUACUGAAGGACUAAAUCAAAAAGUAGAAGUUUAGUGACUCAACAAGUAUACUCGAGUUUGAUUAGAAUAUUAAAGAAAUAAAUAAAGAAAUAGAGCAGUUUGAAUUCAAAAUGGGAGACGGUAAAGGCACUGAAUUCAUGAAAAAGUACUUUGUGGGUAUAGCACUUGUCACUUUCUAGUCAGAAUAAGAGAAAGAGGAUAUCAUAGAAUUAGCAAAAAACAAGCAAAUUAUUUACAGAAAAAAUGUUUUAAGAAUCAGACAAGCUCCCGAACCAACUGAAAUAUUCUGGGAAAAUUUAAAUGUCUCUCUUAUAAAUAGAAUAGUUAGGAUAGCAAUAGCAAUAAUAAUUGGUUUGCUUUGCCUCUUUUGUGGAUCACUAAUCAUUUAUUUAUUAUGCUAUGUUUAGUAUAACUAUACAAAAAAUAGGAAAGAAGUUAUGACCUUUAAAGAAAAGGCUAUUAUUUAGUCUUUCUCUUUUAUGAUUUCCACUUUGAUCUUUGUCAUUAAUUUAUUCCUUAUAAAAGCAGUUAGAGAAGUUGUUAACUUUAAGAAGUUGCACACAAGAACAAAUUAUAAUUUAGGCUUUGCUUAUUUCUUAUGUUUGGCUCAAUUCGUCAACAGUAUACUUAUUCCCUUGUUAGUCAAAAUUAUCCUAAAUGAUACGACAUACUAUUCUAUGUUAUAUAACAGAGCGGGUGUUUUGAAUAACUAAAAUAGUAUCUUUCUAUUUAAUACCUUCCUACCAAUAAUCAUGUUUUUAAUCAGUUAUCCUAAUUUAAUUAAAAAUUACUUCAGAAAUAAAGUAUUAAAAGAUAAAGAAAAAUGUGUUCUAACUCAAAAGGAACUUCUUACCACAUUCGAAGAGCCUCCUUUUAUGAUAGAAUUCUAAUAUUCUUAAACAAUGAGAACACUUUUUAUGACUCUAGCAUAUUGCACUGUAAUGCCUAUUUGUAUCUUAUAUUCUAUUUUAGCUCUAACGAUUUAAUACUUCACUUCAAAAUACGACCUAAUAAAAAGAAGAACAGUUCCUUAUAAUAUGGGAUCAUCUUUAAGUUACAAUAUGAUAGAAAUGCUCAAAAUGUCAAUUAUAAUUUAUUCCUUUUCAGCUUAUUUCUUCAUUUAAAUGACUACUGAUACUGACUACUAUGAUUUUCCUGCCUUGAUUGGUAUUAUUGUUGCAAUAGCACAUUUUUUCGUACCAAUAAAACUAGUUAAUUAAAAAUACUUUUAAACCUAAAACGCUCCCCCAAAUCAGGAAAUCUAUGAUUAAGUUAAACUUAAUUUUAUAACUGACUAUGACAGAGAAAACCCUGCAACCAAAAGGCAAGCAACUAUAGAUUACUUAAAAAUUACAGAAAAAAAAUAAUAUUUUUAAAAUGAGCUGCUUAUCAGUUAGCUUAUGACAUCAUAAGAAGGUGACAAUUCUUGA